AUGUUUGCCAAGUGUUUUAUGAAGAAAACAGAGUCGACGGACCGAAACAUGGCGUUAUUGAAAAUGAGCUCCAAGAAAUGGUUGACGUCGGGCUAUCCAUCACUGCUGCCGGAUGACAGACCAAUCACAGCCAUAAGUGUCGUCGAGGACAUUGACAAAUGUCCACCGAACUUCACUGUGAUUUCCAAGACGUAUGAUCAAGAUAUUGACGCUGACCUUUGGCGAGAAAGUGGACUGUUUAUCAAGAAGAAAGGUCGUUAUAUUUGUCACUCAAAAACAGAAGAUCAAAAAGCAUGGAGGAAAAAGCAGGUGUGUUACAAACUCCAGAAUAAAGACUUGUGUUCAGUAGCUGUGACAGACAUUAUCGUGUGUAGCCGAAUCAAAAAGGCCCCGUCUGGUUUCACAUAUGCCGGCGAGGUCAAUGGAGUUAUUAUCUGUUACAAACUUAGCGCGUUAACUAAUGGCGAUGCUAGCUCACAAUCUUACGAAAAUAUCAACAUUCUUCAAAGCGUGUCACCGAAUCUUUCAAACGGAGUACCGCACAGAUCAGCGCCAGAACGACCGCCGAAGCCAAAGUUCUCACCGAAACCGCAGAACGGUAGCAGCAAUGUUUAUCCACAAAUACCAGGAGGUAUUGUGGCAAGUAAAAAAGAGCUCGAUGAAACGAACGACCGUGACUAUGAAGUGUUGAGUCCAAACGCAAGGAUCAACAAACCUACAAGACCAGCACCUCAGCCUCCCACGUCUUCCCAAACGAGCAGUAAUACUAGUAGCGGUUCUUCGGUGCCCCUCUAUGGCACUCUGCCAGGUUCCUCUGACUUGGAUGGCGUUCCUUUUGUACUCAAUCCUCUGCUCAUUGUUGACAGUGACCCUGUAUUUACACUUCCUGUGAUUAAGGCACGAACUCGCUUAGAAAUAGAUCAAGAGUAUUACUACGACUUCCGUGCAGAAAAGGAAACUUAA